GAAAUAACUACCUUAAAUGUCAUCGUCUAAUUCCAUAUCGAUGCCAGUCAAAAGCAGAGGAGUUAAGAAUGGGGAAUGUCCUCAUGUUUCUUUAAAUUAAUUACAGGCUACAACAUCUAGUUUUUUCAAAGAGCUUUAGUAAAAUUGAUCUAUUGUCUAACUUUUUUUAAAUACCGCCUAGAUUUUAUCAUUUCCAUUUGUUGGCAACACUGGCCACCUGCUUCUAUUGUUAUGUGCCGCAUCCACCUUCAACUGGGCGAGUCACGUGUGUCGUGUCUCGUUUCCCGCGCUCGGCUGCGUGUAACCACCGAACCGGCUGAACGUGCGUUCCGUUUCACGUAUAAUGCAUAUAAUACAUCAUUUAUCUUUGAUUGUAACUAAGAACGUAAUCAAGACGCUUUUCACUCGAAGAGGACCGGAAUUCUCGGUCGAAACGUUGUGUAAUUCCUUUGAUGAAGUACUGCCGGAUACGUCGAAUAAUUUUGCCCAUUACGUUUUAUUUCAAUUAAUCACUGGCGAAGAAAAGACGCAAUAUCAUUUAUCUUUAUUUAACAUCGGGUAAAUGAUGCAUUACGUGCAUCAUGCGUGAAACGGAACGCACUCUAAGGCCGGUAUUCAUAGUCAAUUCUUAUUUCAAAAUCAUCUUAAGUGUUGUCUUAAGAUGCUAAUACGGCUCUGUGAUUGGUUGAAAGCCCAUUAAGAGCGUACUUAAGAUAAUCUUAAAUAUAAGAACGGACUAUGAAUACCGGCCUAUAAUACCCUCCAAAGAGUAUGGUCAUUUAAAUUUAAAUAACUCCGGAAUGUGACAGGAGUUGAUCGUAACGGCUCUCCCUCGCACCAUCCGUGAUAACGAUUCCCAUUUUGAUCGUAUACCCUGCAUUGUGUGUCUCAGAUAUUAUUGUAACGCAAUACACGCGACAUGUCGAGUGACAGCGUCGAGAUGGAGUCGUCGCGAGGAGCAACGGGUGACCUGCAGCAGAGGAACGGGAAGGCGAACGAGGAGCACGAGGAGUAUCAGUAUUUGCGGCUCAUCGAGAGGGUUAUUAAGACUGGGGCGAAGCGAGGCAAUCGCACCGGCGUCGAUACCUAUUCCAUCUUCGGCACCCAAAUGCGAUUCAGCUUGCGAGAUGGCGUUUUUCCAUUACUUACAACUAAGAGGGUGUUCUGGCGUGCGGUGGUCGAGGAACUGUUGUGGUUUAUCAAAGGAUCGACGAACUCCAAAGAACUAACGGAUAAGGGUGUUCACAUUUGGGACGAGAAUGGUUCGCGGGCUUUCUUGGACUCGUGCGGCUUCACGGAUAGAGAGGAAGGUGAUCUGGGGCCUGUCUAUGGCUUCCAGUGGCGGCACUUUGGCGCCGAGUACAAAGACAUGCGCACAGAUUACACGGGACAAGGAGUAGAUCAAUUGAGAGAAGUUAUCCACAAAGUGAAGUAUUCUCCGGAGGACAGACGCAUCAUCAUGUCAGCCUGGAAUCCGAUUGAUAUUCCGAAGAUGGCAUUGCCACCGUGCCACGCUUUUGUGCAGUUUUACGUGAACAACGGAGAAUUGUCCGCGCAGCUUUAUCAGAGAAGCGCGGACAUGGGUCUAGGAGUGCCAUUUAACAUAGCCUCGUAUUCCCUGCUGAUCUACAUGAUCGCUCAUGUUACCGGACUGAAGCCAGGAGAAUUUGUACAUACAAUGGGAGACUGUCACGUCUACGUCAACCAUACAAGCGCCCUCGAGGAACAGGUAAAACGCGAACCGCGCGAGUUUCCAAAAUUAAGGAUAGUUAGAGAGGUCAAAGAUAUCGACGGUUUCACUGCCGAGGAUUUCGAAUUGAUCGAUUACAAGCCACACCCCAAACUCGUCAUGAAGAUGGCCGUCUGAGCUAAUUUGCUUGAACAAGCUCGAUCCUCCGAAAGAUCUAUAUAAAGUUUAAAUUCGCCCCCGUUAACAUUUGUGGGGCGUCGUCGAUCUUUCCGUACUUAACUAAGAAACCAACGUGCUAGAAACUAGCCUUCCUACAAACUAGUAUUUAUGAUCAGUAUUCAGAUACACCGAUUAAGUUGUAGUACUUUCAAUUACAAUAUUUUCGAUUUUGAGAGAGAUGUAAAAAAAUUACCUCUAACAGUUCGACUUAUCUUUCUGUGUAGGUGUGUGUGUGUGUGUGUUUGUGUUUGUGUUUGUGUUUGUGUGUGGGCUGACGAUAAGAGUGAAUAUAUUUUGUAUUAUAAUCCCCUAGCUAUACAUAUGUCGUAAGUUAAGUCUUAUAUACGCAUAUACAUAUGUCUCUGUACGUAUAUAUGUGUAUAUUUAACUGAACUUGACUUUCUAAGAAAAAGUAUAUUUUCAAUAAAUCUGUACCUUAAGUGUAGAUCAAUAUCUUCAAUUACCCAUCGCAUAUCUAUCACGCUUUCGUCUCUUUAUUUCAAUAAGAAUCAUCGCACGCGCUCUAUCCCGACUUCUAUAUUACACAAAUUUAGUUUUUCGGUCGACUGCAUGUGAUCGACAAGCAUGGACGAUCGUAAAAGGCCUUAUGUAAGCAGCUUCUCUAAGUAUAACAAAAUUAUGUAAUUCUAUAUAUAUAUAUUCUAUAUAUAUUCUAUAUAUAUUUAUUA